AUGCGUUGCGUGUAUUACCAAGCACUUCGUCUGAGCGACGAUUACGAAGAUGAAGAAGAAAUUUUACGUAGUCUAUCAACAGAACAAAUAUCUUUAUCAUUUCAUAAUUUAACGAAAGUUGUAACUGUAGACGAUAUUUACAAAUAUUAUGAUUCAAAUUUUCCAGAAGGAACGGCAACUACUAAACGAGUAUUGCUUUAUAAUAUUAGUGGCACUGUCCAUCCUGGAGAAAUAUUAGCUGUAAUGGGAGUAUCAGGUUAG